AUGAGAAAGGAUAGAGACUCCAAAGAAACUUCUAAGUGUGCUCUGAUACCACUUGAUGUGAUUCUCCCACGGAUCGGCACUCAGAAGCUUGAUGGGCUCGUUUGGCAUAAAGCUAGAAUUCACAAGCAUGCGUUUUCUACUUGGCUCUUUGUUCUUGAUCGGAACCCUACUCUGGAUCGUCUUCUGAGGUGGGGUUGUGAUGUAGAACAGACUUGUCUUCUGUGUGUCUCGGCUGAGGUUUGGCGUAUGGUUCUGGCUUUGCUUCAUUUUCCUACGCCUCCUACCUCCUGGAAUUCUAUUCUUCUUUGGCUCCCUGGAGCUUCAAACGACAAGUUCAUGCGUCUUGCGCUUCUGCAGGCCUGGCAGGCUUGCAUCUAUGAGAUCUGGCGCGAAAGAAAUCGCAGAUUUCAUGACGGCAUCUCUUUCUCUCCGACAAAGAUCUUCCAUCUCGUUCGGAGUGUGGUUCGCAUAAGGGCCCAAAGCCUUUGUUCUCGGAACUCAGACUACGUCUCCCUUCUUCUUUGCUGGUCUUCUCCCCCCUAG